UAAAUUUGCCAACAUUUAUCACAGAUGAAGAUGAAAAUUUUACAUGGACCCAUAAAAAUAUUUACUGAUAAUCUUUUGAUUUUCCAAGAUGGCUGCCGUGGUUGUUGUAGAGAAUAUAUUGGCACUAAAGCUAGCCGUAGAUAUUGCUAAAGGCAGACAGUUUACCAAACGUUACGGUCAGUACCUGCUAGUGCUAAUUAUCUUGCUAAUCACAUAAUGAUGCUAAACUGCUAAAUGUGUCUAAAAUGUAGUGGAAGGUAAUCUUAAACUGAAAAGCAUAUAAAAAUAACAAAAGCUAAAUCUUAAUUCCUAAACAUAAACAAUUAGCAGAGGCUAAUGCUAACAUCAGUGGACGAAUGGAGCAACGUCCUGAUACAUUUUAUUAUUUUAAGAUUCAUAAACUGGAUGAGCCGAAAAAAUAAGAUGACAUAAAAUUCAUUCUACUCAUAAAAACUGGAAACAUUUUAUUGCAAUAAUUGGUUAGAAAGGCUAAAAAAUGGCAGCCAUCUUGAAAAAUGGCUGUCAUCAUGAAAUUGAAGUUUCUGAUGGGAAAAAUGAAAAACAUGCUGAUGUUUACUGAUGUAUCCAUAGCAACAGAUCAAACAAAACGAGUCAGAUUCUUCUGGGUUUCAAUUCUACCAGAUUUACUCAGUAAAACCUUCCCAGAACCAGAACCAGUCAAGGUCCAGGAGAGGUUCUGGCUGUUUACAGCUGCUUGUUUUGGACCGGUUCUUGUCUCCAACGAGGAAGAGGAGGAGGAGGAAGACGAGAAAGAGGAGGAGGCAGCGUCUUGUUUCUGGGCUCUAACUGCAUCGAGGUUCUGCUUCUUGUCUUUGUGUCGCCUUUUGGUUCUGGUUCUGGUUCUGGUUCUGUGGGGCUGGAGAGUUUUUCCUCCUUCAAAGAUGAAAACUUCCUGGAACUUUGUGGAGAUUCUAAUUUAAAGCAUUUUGCUCUUCAUCUGACGGUUAAGGAGGCCUGAAGCUUCACCAUGAGUCCCGCUGGACGCCCCUCGUUCCUGCUGCUCCUGUUCGCCGCCAUCUCAGCCGGGUUCCCGUGCUCUGCAGCAGGGGGCGCCAGUUUGACCCCAAAGUCCAACAGCACAGCCAGAAACCAGACUAAAUGCGGCGGCGGCACCGACUGCAUCGAGGGCGUCAUCCUGCCGGUGUGGAAGCCGGAGAACCCGGCCUUCCCCGACCGCCUGGCCAGAGCCACCAUCUACUUCGUGGGGAUGUUCUACAUGUUCCUGGGCGUCUCCAUCAUCGCUGAUCGCUUCAUGGCGUCCAUCGAAGUCAUCACCUCUCAGGAAAGGAAGAUCACCAUAAAGAAGCCCAACGGGGAGAAGAUCACCACCACGGUUCGCGUUUGGAACGAGACGGUGUCCAACCUGACCCUGAUGGCGCUCGGCUCGUCCGCGCCGGAGAUCCUCCUGUCCGUGGUGGAGGUUUGUGGUCACAACUUUAACGCCGGUGAGUUGGGUCCCAACACCAUCGUAGGCAGCGCCGCCUUCAACAUGUUCGUCAUCAUCGGCCUCUGCGUGUCCGUCAUCCCCGACGGGGAGACCAGGAAGGUGAAGCACCUGCGGGUGUUUUUCGUCACCGCCACCUGGAGCGUGUUUGCUUACACCUGGCUGUACCUGAUCCUGGCCGUUUUCUCUCCGGGUGUUGUUGAAAUAUGGGAGGGGCUUCUCACACUCUUCUUCUUCCCUUUCUGUGUUGGGUUUGCUUAUGUGGCCGACCGCAGGCUUCUUUUCUACAAAUACGUGUACAAGCGAUACCGAGCCGGGAAGCAGAAGGGAAUGAUUAUCGAGACCGAGGGUGAGCCAGAUCUCCCUUCAAAGGUGGACGUCGAAAUGGACGGCAAAAUGCUCAACUCCCAUAGAGAUGAACUUCUGGACGGAGAGGUAAAGGAGCUGGACGAGGAGGAGGCGCGCAGAGAGCUGGCCAGGAUCCUGAAGGAGCUGAAGCAGAAACAUCCAGAGAAGGAGACGGAGCAGCUGAUGGAGCUCGCUAACUACCAGGUUCUGACCCAGCAGCAGAAGAGUCGGGCCUUUUACCGCUGCCAGGCGACCAGGAUCAUGACAGGAGCAGGCGACGUCCUGAAGAAACAUGCUGCUGACCAGGCCAAGAGAGCCGCACAGCAUGACAUUUGCUCCGAGAUAUCCAUCAACAACUUUUCCUCCAAGGUCUUCUUCGACCCUGGGAACUACCAGUGUCUGGAGAACUGCGGCAGCGUGGCGCUCAAUGUCGUCCGCCGAGGAGGAGACUUGACCGCUACAGUCUACGUGGAUUACCAGACUGAAGACGGGACCGCCAACGCUGGCUCCGACUACCAGCUCACCGAAGGAACCAUUGUGUUCAAACCCGGUGAGACCGACAAGGAAAUCCACAUCAACAUCAUUGACGACGAUAUUUUUGAGGAAGACGAGCACUUCCUGGUUCACCUCACCAACGUGCGGGUCGCACCAGACGGAGCAAACAACCAUCAGGCGAACCACGCCGAUGGCCUGGCAGGGCUGGGCCUGCCGUGCACGGCCACCGUCACCAUCUUCGACGACGACCACGCCGGGAUCUUCAGUUUUGAGGAGCCGGUGGUGACGGUGAGCGAGAGCGUGGGGGUGAUGGAGGUGAAGGUGACCAGAAACGCAGGGGCACGCGGCGUCGUGGCGGUGCCGUUCAAAACCAUUGAAGGUACGGCUAAGGGCGGCGGAGAAGACUUCGAAGACACGCACGGAGUCCUGGAGUUUGACAACGACGAGAUUGUCAAAUCGAUUCGGAUCAAGGUCGUCGAUGACGAACAGUACGAGAAAAACAAGAACUUCUUCCUGGAGGUCGGCGAUCCUCAGCUGCUAGAGAUGAGUGAACGGAAAGCUCUGCUGCUGCAGGAAGUCGGUGGCUUCGUCCAGACAGACAAGCAGCUGUUUGGUCGAGAAAUCUACAGGAAGGUCCAGGGCCGAGACCGACCCGCCCCGUCCAACGUCAUCGGCAUCACAGAUGGGGUGUGUGAGGACGUUUUGACACAGAAGGAGGAGGAGGAGCGGCGGAUCGCAGAGAUGGGCAGACCAACGUUGGGCGAACACGUCCGACUGGAGGUCAUCAUCGAGGAAUCGUACGAGUUCAAGAACACGGUGGAUAAACUGAUUAAGAAGACCAACCUGGCUCUGGUGAUCGGGACGAACAGCUGGAGGGAGCAGUUUGUGGAGGCCAUCACUGUCAGCUCAGGUGGUGAUGAUGAUGAUGACUGUGGUGAAGAGAAAAUACCUUCCUGUUUUGACUAUGUCAUGCACUUCCUGACUGUCUUCUGGAAGCUUCUGUUUGCCUUCGUUCCUCCAACGGACUACUGGAACGGCUGGGCCUGCUUCGUCGUCUCCAUCUCUGUCAUCGGCAUGCUGACCGCCAUCAUCGGAGACCUGGCGUCGCAUUUUGGCUGCACGGUCGGCCUCAAAGACUCCGUCACUGCCGUGGUGUUCGUCGCGUUGGGUACUUCAGUACCAGACACCUUUGCCAGUAAAGUAGCAGCAACCCAGGACCAAUACGCGGACGCCUCCAUCGGGAACGUUACAGGAAGUAACGCUGUCAACGUCUUCCUGGGCAUUGGCGUGGCGUGGUCCAUCGCCGCCAUCUACCACUACAGCAAGGGCCAGGAGUUCAGGGUGGACCCGGGAACGCUGGCCUUCUCCGUCACGCUCUUCACCAUCUUUGCUUUCAUCUGCAUCGCCGUCCUGAUCUACCGGCGCCGGCCAGCCAUCGGCGGGGAGCUCGGCGGGCCGCGUGUUCCUAAAAUCCUGACUUCCUGCCUGUUCUUCAGCCUGUGGUUGAUGUACAUCAUCUUCUCGUCGCUGGAGGCGUACUGCCACGUCCAGGGCUUCUAGGCCACCUGCUUCCAACUGAAGCUGUGAUUCGGACGGUUUCUCCUCGGUCCAUCGGAUCAUCUGACUGUCACGGGUUCCUAUAACGUGUGUUUCUGUAAAGACUGAGCUCCCGAGAGGUUCUGGUGGGUUUUGGGUUCCUUCAGGUUCUGAUCUGAGAGUCAGAAUUUAGUUUUAACCAAGAUGUUUGGGUCAGUCCUGCUGGUUCCCCUUACUUCCUGUUUCAUUUUUCUAAGGUUCUGGUUUCAGUUGUUCAGGUUUUCAGUGUCUUGGUUCUGGUUUCUGUAGAACCAUCUUUAAAAUGUUCUGUUGGACCCAGAAUGCUGCAUGUUUUCCUCUAAGUUAUCUCAUACCUCCAGAUUAUCAAAUCAAAUCAAAUCAAAUCAAACUUUAUUUGUAUAGCACAUUUCAGCAGCAAGGCAUUUCAUCACUCUGUUAUUAUAUUUAAAGUGAGUUUUUUUCAUGUAUUUUAAAGUUCAGCCGGGUCCAAACGGCUUCAGGGGUUUUCUGUGAAUCUGAGCAGCUUUUCAGACCACCAGGCCCCCCACCAUCCGACCGGACCCCCGCCAUCCAGACCCCCCCCCCCGCCAUCCAGACCCCCCAUCCAGACCCCCGCCAUCCAGACCGGUUUGGUUGCUGACUUCCCUGUGUGAUUCCUCCUCCACCUUUAGUUACGCACAAUAUUUAGCCUUGCAUGAACUUUGAACCCACCGCCACAGAGUGACGUCACCAGAGAUCCUUCGUCUUUAUUCUGCCAUGUGUUGGUUGUUGAAUGCAGUUUCUCCUCAAAAUAUUAAAGUUUAGUGAGUGAUGAUGAGUCCACUUCUGUCUUGGAUCUUCCAACUGGGAACCAGAGGUCCGUAGUAAUUCAGAAUUAUUGUAACUGCUUAUUGCAAUCAUUAAAUAAACUGGUAAUUUAGAAGAAAAUAAGCCCCGCCCCCCCAUCCGGAAACAAAGGCCCAGUUCUGAUGUCGACGGUUUUGCGGAGCGAUGAAAACGACCCCAGUUUCAGCUCCACAAGUUGAGACGGAUGAGAAAACAUCCGUCUAAAACAAGCAGCCAUAAUUUACUGGGCAAAUAUUAAAUGAUCCUCCAUGUUCUGCUACAACCUUGUCAAGAAAAAGAAAAAAAGCUAAUUAAUAGUUUUGGGUGGAUUAUAAAAAUAAAAUAAGAGAUGUAGGAAUAAAUUAUAGUUUAAUUAGUCCUGUGAUUGUUACUCCUGUUAUUCCACCAUGGAUAAUUGGAAAAGCUGAAGUUGAUUUAAGUUUAUUGGAAAAAGGAAAACAACUAGAAAAGAAAGAGGUGGAAAGUAAAGAAUAUGCAGAGUAUAUACAAAUAUAUACAGACGCUUCCAAAAUGUGAAAUGACAAUAUAGGAAUAGCAUUUCUAAUUCUGGAUUUAGAUAUUAUGAGAAAUAGAAGAAUAACAGACCAGUUAACAGUGGAUACAGGUGAAUUAAUGCUUUUAAUGGAAACAGAGAGAGGGAGGUUAUAAUUUGUUCAGAUUCAAGUAGUGCAUUAAUAAGUAUUUUAGAACAAAAUUCAGAAUCAAGGCAAGAUAUUAUAUUGGAUAUUAAUCAUUCAAUUUUUAGGAUUAGAAUUAUGGGUCUUGGGUUAGAUUAGUUUGGAUUCCUGCUCACAUUGGAGUAACAGGAAAUGAGCUGGCAGAUAGUUUUGCUAAGAAUGCAGCAAAAAGUGUAUUGUUGAUUUAAAUAUUAAAAAUAUUAGUAAAAUGUAAGGAAAAAUGUCAGGAACAGUGGGAUAGAGGAAGCAAUGCAAGAUUUUAUUAUAGCAUCCAAAAAAUGUUGGAGAAUUUAGGAAACGUAGCAGGAAUAAAAAAGAAGAGGAUAUUAUAUCUAGAUUAAGGUUUGGACAUACAGGUUUAAACAGAACUCUUAAAGUAAUUAAUAAACAUGAUACAGGUUUCUGUAGUUAUUGUGGGAAAUUAGAAAGAAUACAACAUAUUUUUUUAGAAUACAGUAAGUAUGUUCAGGAAAGGGAGGAGUUAAUUAGAGAUUUAAGUAGGAAUAAAAAUUAAUUAGAUAUUAGGAUUUUUGCUCCAAAGAUCGUCUGGGGAUGUAGUUUUUAAUAGUAUUUUUAGUUUUCUAAGGAGAACAGGUAUGUACGGUGGCCCUGAGGUGCAAAACACAACGUUACCGAAAACGGAAAGGGUUUGUCCCAGUUGGAGACCUGAGAGAUCGCUGAUUGGACGACAGGCAUCAAUACGCUGAGUCCUACUUACGUCGCCGCCAUCUUGAAAGUGGCAGUUGGAGAAAACCUGCUGCGGGACGAGUUUCAACGGUUUUACUGUACAAAAUGGACCCACUGCCUUUACGUUACGUCUUUUAAUUCAUUUCUGGAAAUAGCAAAUGCACAUUGAAUUAUGGAAUUGUGUUAAUAUGUCCAUGAAUCCAUCACUGUAAAGGUGUGUGUGUGUGUGUGUGUGUGUUCAUCAAUAAAAACGAUUUAUCAGAAUCGUA